CUCUCUCUAGAGUCACCGGAACAAUCACACAAACGACGCCAUUUUACUCCUUCCUACAAAUACUCAUGUUGGACCUCAACCUCGGAAUCUUGUCGACACACAACGAAGAUGAAGAUUGCAAAGUACCAACCUCCAUCUUCAAUCAAGAAGAAGAUUCCAUUAAUCACUCAAACGACAACUUGUCUUUAAUUACAUUCGGAAUCCUUAAAAGAAAAGAAGACGUCGAAAUCCUUCCUCCUCCUCCUCCUCCUCCGGAGAGUGUGUUAUCGGGCGCCGGAAACGAGUGGUUGAAUCUGUCGUCGAUGCAAAGAAAUAAACAAGAAAUAUUGGUGAUGAAGAAGAAGAGUCGACGUGGUCCAAGAUCCAGAAGCUCCCAUUAUCGUGGCGUCACCUUUUACCGUCGAACCGGCCGUUGGGAAUCUCAUAUUUGGGACUGUGGAAAACAGGUUUAUUUGGGUGGUUUCGACACAGCCUACACAGCCGCAAGAGCGUACGACCGAGCUGCUAUCAGAUUCCGGGGACUCCAAGCAGAUAUCAACUUUAUCGUGGAUGAUUACAAACAGGACAUUGAAAAGAUGAAGAAUUUAAGCAAAGAAGAGUUUGUGCAAUCUCUUAGACGAGCGAGUGCAAGCUUAGCAAGAGGAGGUUCCAAAUACAAAAACACCCAUAUGAGAAAUGAUCACAUCCAUCUCUUCCAAAACAGGGGGUGGAAUGCAGCAGCAGCAAAAUGCAAUGAGAUAAGAAAGAAGGAAGGGGAUACUAAGUUGGGUGCUUAUAAUAAAGGAAAUGAGCACAACGAUCUCGAGCUAAGUCUUGGAAUAUCUUCAUCUUCAAAAAUUAGAAAUUUGGAACCAGCAGAUUAUUACAUGGGUUUGAAUCGAUCUGUGAUGAGUUUGCAUGGGAAGCCGUUGCCGGUAUAUCUACCGAUCACAGAAAUGAAACCGUUAAAGACAGUUGUAGCAUCAUCAGGAUUCCCUUUCAUUGCCAUGAUCAAUUCUUCUUCUUUGACCACUUGUUUUGAUCCAUGAGGUGAUCACUAUUUACUUUUAAAUUUUUUCCCUUUUUUUAUUGAUCAUAUAUUGAAUGAUACGAAAGGAUUAUGUGACUUAUCUCUUUUAUAUACCAUAGUCUUGUGGAAUCAAGACCAUGUUCGGUC